GAAUCACACACAUGCAUCUGAACAACCCAAGAACAAAACUCUGCUUCUUGUUGAAGACACAACAAGCGAAUCCCUGCACCAGGCGUGGGUCGAUCGGGCAGUUUAUCAAACCACACUACAAAACCAAAAGCAGGAGCCAAGGAGGUCGCGCUCCCAUAAUCAUCCUACCUAUUAAUUAAUGCACCGGCUGCUGACUGGACAAGGUAGUCGCCCACUGGCUACACGCAAUGGCGCACCCGUUAGUAGCUGCGCCGUGCUACACCUUCGCUGUCGACAUCGAGGCUCGGGCGGAGCCGCACAAAAUCAGGUCGCCGCUCCGCGAGAAGCAUGCUCUGUACCACGGGAAACUGGCAGCCGCGCUCCGAAAUAGGGGUCUGGAAGCGAACGCCGCAGAUGACAGCAGCACGCGGCGUGCCGAUGGCGACAACGGAUGGUGGAUCACGAGCAACGGCUCGCUUGGCGUUCCUCCCGAUACAAUCCCUAUCGAGGCCGUCUCGCCCGCCCUAGACACCCGGGCCGACUGGGGUGCCGAAAUCGACACCUUCUGGUCGGCUCUGCGCGCCGUCUUCCGCAUGCCGGAGCGGUCCGACCUGUGCGGCAGCCACGUGCACGUCGCCCGGAGCCGUGUCGAACGUUUCACCCUCAACCAGCUCAAGACCAUCGCCUACGCCGUCGUAGUGUAUGAGCCCUUGGUCACCGAGCUGCUCCUCCCCUCCCGCAGGGAGAGCACGUACUGCAAGCCCAACACCCAGUCCUCGGACUACCUCUACCGCGUGAGGGGGGAUUCCAACGCCGUGGCCGAGCUCAUCGGCAGCGCCCGGGACGAAGAGGAGCUGCGCAACAUCAUGCAGGGAAGCCGGAAUGUUCUGUGGAACUUUGACGGCGUGCUCCUGCAGGGCUCGGGCGCGAUCGAGUUCCGAGGCGGGCGGUCGCUGAGGGGCGAGCUCCGCACCAAGCGGUGGAUGGCCUUCGCCGUGGCCUUUAUUCACGCCAUGCUCCAGCAGAACGAGCUGUAUGAUUUCAGCCCCGAUGGUCUCCGCUUCGACACUACGGAGAUCCUGUACGCAGAAAUAAGGAUGGCGGCUGCCGAGAUGGACAUGCAACAUCACCUGCCUGUGAACUAUGAACGUUUCAACGAGACCAUAACGGAGUAACAUGGGCCAACGUCAGUACGAUACCCAAGUCGAACCAGGCCGAGAUCAUACGAACUGCAAUAUUUUCUUCUAUUUUACACAUAUAGAAAUAUAUCUUUCACUCGCAUCAACAUGCUGGCGGUCUUGGAUUAGAAUGUCGGCGAAAUAAGAAACCCCGGGCUGUUCCCGCCAGCGUAGGUAGGUAUAUUGAUUUCAUAUGUUAGUAUCCACCCUCCCACCUAGUAGUCGUCCGUAAAAGGGCGAGUAGCUACCAGUUCGUCACUCAUAAAAACGAUGGAUGGUUAGCCGUGGACUGAAAUCAAACACAACAAAUCGCUGUACUCCACUUUCCUCUCGUCACAUCUCGCCCUCCUCCUUGGCUUAGCUAGGUACUUGAUGAUAUUCUCGGGAAAGUAUCGAAGACACAGUCAAGAAUAAAACAAUUAUUUUCUCACCUCGGGCUCUUUCCGCUAUUAGUUAACCCUGAUUUCGUCCGCUUUUCGACACUAGCA